AUGAUGCGAAUGAAGACUAAAAGUAAUGGGGCGCCACCGACGAAUGGUUGCGGAAGUAAUGUUGCUUGGAAACUUAGGCCUGGUGGAUGCUGGUACAGAAGCGUACUGACUCUGACGAAAACUAGGCGCCACCACCAACAAUUCAGGUUCGGGUCAAAUACGGAUCGAUUUACCAUCAAAUUCAUAUCAGUUCUCAAGCUACCUUUCACCUUUGGGGAGUUGAAGAAAAUGUUAGCAGAGCCAAUGGGAUUGCACUACCAUGGUCAGAAGUUAUUUUACAAGGAUAAAGAAAGGGAUUCCAAUGCAUUUCUUGAUACUAUAGGAGUUAAGAACAAAUCAAAACUUGUUCUAAUGGAAGAUCCAAUUAUUAGCCAAGAAAAACGUUACAUUGAGAUGAGGAAAAAAGCGAAAAUGGGAAAGACUACGAAAUUUAUAUCAAAAAUCAGCUUGGAGGUGGAUAGAUUUGGUGGACAGGUAAUUCCCGAGGCGUGCUUAAUACUUGAAAGCACGGUCAAUAAAAAUUCAGCAUAUUUUUCUUCUUCGAUGGAAUUAAUGCUAAUACUGAAUCUUAAAAUAUUAGUGCUAACAAAUUUCGAUGUAUAA